GUUUUUUGUGGAUAAUCCAACAAACAGCUGAUUGUAAAAGUCGAAAUUAUAUAGACUUAUACAAAGCUACAUUAAACGGAGGUGUAUACGAGGUUGUGUGUUGUCGAUGAUCAGUGAUUCGCUGUCCUAAAAAUAGCCACAACCAUUGUUUGAUAUGUAUAAAAGAAAAAUAUCGAAAACGUUAUGUUUAUAAACAUCAGAACACAAACAUUGUCGGAGGGCUGAAACACAAGAGAAUAAUGGAAAUGCAACCGACGUCGAUCGAAAAGCGGCAUGCUCGCCGUUUUCCUUACAAUAGCACAAUCAGGAUGAAGCAGAGUGAAGAAGAGUUUUCAUGUCACUUAACAUGGAAGGAAUUAAAACACAUUGAGAUCAACAACUUUAAAACCAAGAUUCAAUUAUUAUCAGAGAGAAACGUUAGCUUUGAUCAGCUUCCAACAUAUUAUUUGAGUAUAAAAAACCUGUUGGCAUUCGUUCUUUACAAUGCGGGGCAGACAGAUGACAGUAUUAGAGUUUUAGAAGAAGUCCUGAGACAUGAUCCUGGAAACUACAAUGCAAUUUCUAAUUUGGCGGUAAUAUAUUUCCGGCAAUCGAAAGUUAACAAAUACAAAGAAUACAGAGAUGCAUUGAAGAGAAUAAUGCAAAUUAAUAACACUAACUCAAAGAUUAGAGCAAUGGUCGAUAAAGCACAUGCAAUUCGACAUUUUGAGCAGGAUGAACGGAACUUCACAUACAUGGACAUAUUGGUCAGGGUUGGGGAAUUGGCAGAGAGUACCAGCACACCAGAAAGGGCUGAAUGGUUUUUUGACUACGCAUUGGCGUUGUUCAGGAAAGACGCUCAACUAACGUCAACCGGCGCUAAAUCAAGUGAAACGCACAAGUGCUUUAAGAAUGCUGUUUCUUACUUUAACAAAGUCAUUCAUGUCCCAAAUGGAUCGCUAACAUACAAGGCUCUGUCUUGGAUAUUUAUCAGCAUACUACUGCGUCACGAGAAGGGACGAGCUCUGACAGAUAUUUUGGCAGACGACGAUGACAUGCGAUACAUGAGUGCAUGUGACUGCCUCGAACAAGCGUUGAAAGUUAAUCCGUUCGAUAGAGUAGUUCAGCGCCGAGCUGGAUCUGAACAUAUUCGAAUGAAGAGAUACAGUGAAGCCCUUUGUCUUCUUGACGAUUCUUUGAAACAAGAGGAAUCUUGGUUUGCCUAUCGUUAUCGCGGAUUAUUGAGGUUAGAGAUGUAUGAAGACAAUGAAUAUGCCCCGCAAUAUGUAAAUAAGAAAGAACUUCUUCUGGCGGCAAAGAGUGAUUUUGAAUGUGCUAUAAUACUGAAAGAGGUACAUGCAGAUCACUCGGACUUAGGCUACAUACAUUAUCUGCUUGGUGACUACAACACCGCAAUAAAUCAUUUUGUAGCUGCCGUGAGCUGUACGCAAAAUGAUAACUUCGACCCGUCCAUCACACACUACCGAUGGGCUGCAUGUCUUCGUGCGAUUGGUGAACCCGAAGGCGCAUUGCAACAACUUCAGUUGCAGAAGCAAACGCGUGAUCAAUUGAAUCGCAAAAAUUUGACGCUGGAAACGGCAUUUUUAUCUUCAGACCACGAGCAAUGUAAUGGUGUAGAUUGCAAUAUUUCACAGUUUAAAUACUGCCAAAAUUAUGUUCCCGGUUACGUCAACAUCCUUUCCGAUAUAUCACUUCCUUCACCACCAGUUUCUUGCCAAAACAAAGCAAUUAACAAAAAGUAUAAAUAUGACUUCUAUGUCAGUUUUUGUCAUGCGGAUUAUAAAUGGAGUUUGGAACUCAUCAGAAAACUAGAAAAAGAGUUGAAUUUCCGAGGUUGCGUACGUCAUCGAGAUUAUGUGGCUGGAGAUUAUAUGGCACAUGACAUUUCCGAUGCCAUUCACAAUUCAAACAGGAUCAUUAUGGUCGUCACUCCAGAUGCAGUGUCUGACAAGUGGUGGAAAUAUGAGCUGAAGAAAGCAGUCGGAGAGAGCGUUACAAGAGGUUGCCUUGUACCGAUCGUUCUGCGACAGUCACCCAUACCAAAAGAGAUUGGACACCUUACCAGCAUUCGGUUAUUCAAAAGCCAGUUUUUGAGAGAAGAUUGGUCUAGGCUAGAAAAAUUCCUGAAAUCAUAAAAUGUUCAAAUGUAGUCAUAAAUACACUUAAUAAAAUCAAAUGUAUCCUAGUUACUGCACUGUUAUCGGCAACUGCUCUAUUUUAUAAGAACAGAUAUUAGUUUAUCAAUAGUUGCGGCACCAGAGUGGGUCAUAAUUCCCUUCCACAUCCCCAUCGGACAAUCAGGGAUCGUCUGUCGUGAGAAAAAAAACAUGAAGUCGUCGACGUAAGAAUAUUCAUUUGGCAAUCUAACCAAAGCUAUUACAGUUCCUAAAAUUGUGAUCUAAAGCACAUUUUCACAAUCCUAAAACCAUAAAACGUCUCUUCCUUCACCCCACCAGGUGUUUUACUCCGGGACCCUGGCUGGAGGCUGUCGGCAGCUCUUUGUUUAAACCCCCUUGUUGAACUUCUUUUCAGAAACCGCACUGAAAAUAAAAAAUCUCCUCGUCAUCCCAAAUCCCAAAAAAAACAUACGGCUUAGAAUACGGCCUAUGCUGCUUCUUUGCUGUGGAACAAAUUGCCACUAUCAAACAGUCUCCCACUACUGAUUUAUUUAAGUUAGAACUGAAAUCUCAUCUCUUUAGACCAUUCCCCAUUCGCAUUGUCAAUUUUUAAAAUCCUUCUCUAGUUGUACUCUCUAAUAUAUUAUUAAUUACAGUACAUCACAAUCAUAUUAAUAAAUUUAUCGGUGUUUCUAAAUUAAUUUUUUCAAGACAAAUAAAUCUGAUUACAAUUAUUAUUUUGUUAUUAUUCUGAUAUGUUGGCACAGUUUCUUAAUCAUUUUAUUAUUUUAUUAAUGAUAUUUUAUAUUAUCUUUUUAUUUUUUUGUUCAAUUUUUUUUAAUGGAGAUAAUAAUAAUGAAAAUAAUUAAAUUUGAAGUCUGAGUGUGCAAUUUCAGGCCAUCUAGAGGUCCCAUAAUCACAAAUUCUCAGCCCCAACCAUGGUGGGACUGAGGGGUAUACAUCCUCCAUCUGUGAAUGUACUUCCCUGGGCCCCUCUAUUUUGAAUUCCUGGAUCCGCCACUGUAAUAGUACCUCCCACGCCAGCCAAGAUCUCUCAGACUAAACUUAAAAGAAACGAAAAAGCUGUUGAAUCACGCAAGAAGUAUUAGGUUUACCUUUUUUAAAACCAUUUAAUUUGUAUUAAUUAAUGUGCAAUGUUUCAAUGUACACAUGUAUCGGUAUCUUUAAAAGUAGGCCAAGUAGGGUCAAUUAUCGCAGUACAUCUACCUCUACCUUUUUGUAUUACUGUGCAUAGUAUUUAUAUUUUCAUUGAUUUUGUAUAAAUUUGAAUGUGAGACAAAAUAUAUAUUUACAAUAAAGUAUCUUAAUAUUAUUUUAUCAUUUUCGGUAUUUGUUGUCCAGUUUUUGCCUUUGUAAAUGUGGAUAGUAUAUACACACCACAAUCAUUAGUAUCAUUAUACUAUUGUACAGUGUUAUCAUUUCAACUAUUAUCGUCAUUGUCUCCAUUAUCAUACCAUCUUUGCCUCAGAUAU